AUGGCUUCUCUCUCCGCCGCCAUCCUGGCACGGCCGCCACCACAAACCGCCGCCGACCCGUCGCCUCUGGCUGUAGCUGCGGCUGUCCACCAGCACCAGCAGCAACAGCAACAGCAACAGCACCAGCAGCAGCAACACCAGCAACAGCAUCACCAACGAGACCAAAGCCAAUACGCCCCUUCGCCCUCCAUCACACCGCCCAACCCCGAGAGUCUGCGCGACCACCUGUUCUUGCCAAGCAGCUCCGGCGGCGCAGGAGGCUCCAGCGGCGCACCGGCGGCGGCGUCGACACCCCGCAGCCGUCUCAGCAGUCCGCUGCGCGAGCUCGAAAGCGAGCUGUCCAGCCACGGUCAGGGCCACGCUCACCCUCACGGCCACGGCCACCACAGCUCCGUCGACGACGCGCACGAGCCGCAUCUUGAGCCCUCGUCGCCUACCGGCCGCAGCAACGGCGCGUCUGCUUCCUCGUCGGCGUCCUCGUCCGCUGCCGCCGACGAAAAGAACCGCCGGCGCCUCAACAAGCUGCGCUACCGCUCCAAGUCCCUGGCCGGCUUUGGCUUCCCGCCGUCGUCGUCCGCCGCCGCCGCGCCCAACGCCAUGGACCCGCCCGUGCUCUCCUUUUACGGCGCCGAGCCGGGCCACCACGACGCCAUCAAGGCCUCGUGGGCCCGUCUCCUGGACGCGCUGGCCGCCGACGUCCGCCGCAUCGCCGACCAGGGCCCCGCCCUCAUCCCCUCCAUCGACUUUGCCGCCAUCGACGACCCGGCCGCCGUGCAGCCCUUCCAGGACGCCCUCAAGACGUGCGGCGUCGGCGUCGUCCGCGGCGUCGUGCCCGCCCGCGACACCGCCGCCUGGGUCGACGAGACCUGCCAGUACCUGCAGCCCGCCGACACCGACGGGUCGGACGGCUCGACCUACGACAUCAAGCCGCCGCCGCCGCAGGACCCGACCUGCUUUGACUUUUUCUGGACGCCCGCGCAGUUUGCCAUGGGCUUCUGGGCGGCGGCCCCGUCGCCGUCGCCGUCGCCGACUCCGGACAAGGCCGCCGCGGACAAGAGCGCCCGCGGGCCGUCGGGCGACCCGCGCGUCGCCACGCGCUUCCCCAUCAGCUACGCCGACCGCAUCCGCAUCCACGUGGACGUCGAGCAGGUGAACCUGGUGCACAAGCCGGAGACGGAGCAGGAGAAGAAAGCAAAGGCGGCGGCGACGGCCGAUGGAGACAAGGGGGAUGAAGCAACAGAAGAGGACGAGACCACCGACAAGGCGGCGUCGCCGCACGCGGUGCCGGCCGCGGUCGACGGCGGCUCCCUCGAGCGCUGGGAGCCCGACGGCUACGGCCGCGGCGGCACGUACGACUCCGCCACCCCGGACCUGUACAACGGCGCCGGCGCCUGCAGCGUUUUCCGCAUGUUCCAGGGCCUGCUGGCCCUGACCGACGUCACCCCCGGCAUGCCCAAGACGGCGGCCCCCAAGACGGCGGCCCAGGGCAAUGACAAGGACGGCAAAGACAAAGACGACGCCGCCGCCUGGGCCGCCUUCUUGGACGCCGCCAACUGGGACAUGGAGGAGGAGGCGUCGACCAUCAUCCACGGCGCCGUCCCCGGCCACGCCCAGCGCGUCACCGAGCUGUGGCACCCGCACCUGCAGCUGCGCCAGAGCCUGCUGACGCCGCCCAGCCUGCAGGCCGGCGACUACAUUGUGUGGCACUGCGACACGCCCUACACGAUUACGAGCGAGGGCGGGCCUGCCACCGACGGCGGGUCGGCCUCCCUGGCCACCGCCCCCAUGCUCGUCUACCGCAAGGCCUUUUUGCGCGGCCACCCCGGCCCCGACUUUGACGCCACCGGCUCCGGGCUCGGCAGCGAGGCCGACCAUGCCGCCCGCCUCGGCGAGACGGCCAUUGAAGCCGUCGGCGGCCGCGAGGGCCUGCGGGCGAUGGGCCUGUUGCCGUGGGACGUCGAGAAGCCGGCGGCGGCGGCGGCGGAGACGUCCAACGUGGACACGGACGUCGUCGCGUCGACCGAGUCGACCGAGUCGACCGAGGCGCCCGACUUUAUGGACGUCGAGCCCCCCGGCGGCCACGCCGAGCUGGAACUGGUCCGCCUCGCCAACAUCAUCCUCUUCCCCGAUCAGUACGAGUUCUACAUGCCGACGCGGCACAACUCGCCCGAUCGGGAGUAG